AUGGCACCUUCGAUUUUUGAACCAACUGAAGUAUAUAUUUCUGAAAAAUACCUUCAUGAAGGUAAAAAGAAUUGGCGCUCUACCAAUCAUGGCGGGCACGAUGAAGCCAGCGCGCGUGAGGCCUCCAAACCUCUGAUUUUAGACAUUCUUAAAAAUAAAGCAACCAGUGUUGAUGUGCAAAACUGCUGCCCUGGUGAAGAGGACCCCUUCUAUGUCGCGGAUAUGGGGGAAAUUUAUCGCCAGCACAUUCGUUGGAAAAUGAAUUUGGGGCGUGUGAAGCCAUUUUAUGCUGUCAAAUGCAACCCCGACCCCCAGGUUCUUCGCCUGAUGGCACACCUAGGUAACGGGUUUGACUGCGCUUCCAAAGCAGAAAUCGAUUAUGCUCUUGCUGCUGGUGUUGACCCAAGUCGCAUCAUAUACGCUCAUCCGUGCAAAACAAAAUCAUAUCUCCGCUAUGCAACACAGCAAGGCGUCAAGCAAAUGACCUUCGAUAACGCAGAUGAACUGUACAAGAUCAAAAACAUGUGUCCAGAUGCGGAACUCUUUCUCCGUAUCUUAACCGACGAUUCGGCAAGCCUCUGCCGUUUAAGCAUGAAGUUUGGCGCGUCGCUCACUGUGACUCGUUAUCUUCUCGAAUUGGCAAAGGAACUAGACCUGAACGUCGUUGGCGUCAGCUUCCACGUUGGUUCUGGUGCCGAGGAUCCGAAAGCCUUUGUCAAAGCCGUCGAAGACGCUCGAUUUGUCUUUGACCAAGCCUACGAUAUUGGGUACGAUCUCAAGGUCCUAGAUGUUGGAGGUGGUUUCUGUGACGAAACAUUUGAGCCAUUUGCUGCAGCUCUCAGUGGCGCUCUUGACACUUAUUUUCCGCCGCAUAUCCGCGUCAUCGCUGAACCAGGCCGCUACUAUGUUGCAUCUGCCUUCACCCUUGCAGCUAACGUUAUCGCUCGCCGUGAUGUCAGCCCUUCCACGUCUGACUCUGAUUCCUCCACUGGGACAACCGAAACGUACAUGAUCUAUCUCAACGACGGAGUCUAUGGCAAUUUUUCGAACAUUGUUUUCGAUCAUCAGCACCCAGUGGCACAGAUCUUGACUAAGGAUGACAUUACCUCCACUCACCCUGUUGAAUAUUCCAUUUGGGGACCCACCUGCGAUGGAAUUGAUGUGAUUAGUGAACGUAUCACGCUCAACGGCGUUUUGGGUGUGGGGAAUUGGCUCUAUUUUGAAAACAUGGGUGCAUACACUCGUUGCAGCGCUACUCGCUUUAACGGCUUCACAGACAACCACGAUAUCAUCUACAUCUCUACUGAGCCAAGUGCUGCUGCACUUUUGGGAUAUUAG